CAGAUCCCAGCCUCCAUGUGCGCUGUUGCCAGCGACAAUGCUCGAUAUCCUAUCCUGCUUGUGAGGGUGUGAGUGAGUCAUUAUUGAGACUACUUCCUUGUGUUGCACAGUUUGAGCUGCUGCUGUGGCAGGGUUGCAGCAACUCCUGGCCUUGGCCACAGGAUAAAGUGACCGGUCAGUGCCACCGUGCUGAAGCCACGGCAAUGUGGCGGAGACGAGCGGCAGAAGAGGCUCUCGCCAUCAACGUCACGGCGGCCAGGGCUUUGCAGGAGCUGCUGAAGAGCAGCCUGGGACCGCGGGGCACGGUGAAGAUGCUGGUGUCCGAGGCCGGUGAGGUGAGGAUGACCAAGAGUGGAGGGGUCCUCCUGCGGGAGAUGCGGUUGCAACAUCCCAUCGCCUCCCUCGUUGCCCAGGCGGCGGUGACUAUGGGCGACACCGCGGGUGACGGCGUCAUCUCCGUGGUGCUGCUGGUGGGUGAGAUGCUGAGGCGGGCUGAGAUCCUCGUCUCGGAGGGUGUCCACCCCAGGCUCAUCGUGGAGGGGCUGGAGGCGGCCAAGGAGGAAGCCAUCAGUUGCCUGGACGAGUUGUGGGAGGACCAGGAGGACUCCAUCAUGUGGAAGGUGGCACGGACCUCUCUUGGCACCAAGCUCUGCCCAAUGCUGGCCGAGGGUCUGACCCAGCUGGUGGUGGAGGCCGUGAUGGCCAUCUCUCACAGGAGGGAGCCCGUGGACCUGAGGCUGGUGGGACUGGUGGAGAUGAGUCAGGGGAUGGAGUUGGACACAACGCUGGUCAAGGGGCUGGUGCUGGAGCACGGUGCCCGUCACCCUGGCAUGAGGAGGCGGGUGGAGGACGCCUUCAUCCUCGGCCUCAACAUGGCGUUGGAGCUCGAGAGGCCGAGGGACAACGCCAGCUGCUUCCACAAGGGCGUGGAGGAUCGGGAGAGCUUCACGAAGGUGGAGAGACGCACUGCCCAAGAGAGGGUGGACAAGAUCCUUGCGCUGAAGAGGGAGGUGUGUGGCCCCUCGGGCAAGGGCUUUGUGGUGGUCAACCAGAAGGGUAUUGACCCAUUGGCACUGGAGGCACUCGCCAGGGAAGGUGUGGUGGCUCUGAGGAGAACCAAGAGGAGCGACAUGGAGAGGUUGCCCCUGGCCUGCGGUGGACAGACAGUGAGCUCUGUGGUGGAGCUGACCACGGAGAUCCUGGGCCAGGCCGGCCUGGUGCACCAGCAGACCAUGGGGGAGAGCACGUACACCUUCAUCGAAGGAUGCCACAACCCCCGCUCGGUGACGGUGGUGAUCAGAGGCCCCAACCAGCACGUCACCGGCCAGCUCCGGGAAGCCGUGCGGUGCGGCAUGUUGGCGGUGAAGAACACCUUCGAGGACGGGUGUGCCAUGCCCGGGGCGGGGGCGGUGGAGAUACGCAUUGGUAACUGGCUGGCCAACCACGCCCAGCCCAAGGUGAAGGGCGCGGCCAGGCUGGGCUUCCGUGCUUUCGCCGAUGCCAUCCUCGUCAUUCCAAAGACACUGGCACAGAACGCGGGCUACCACCCCCAGGAGACGGUGGGCAAGGCUCUGGAGGCGGAGGAGAGGACCACCCUCCCGGUGGGCAUCGAUCUGUCCACCGGCGGGCUGGUGGAAGGUUGGGAAACCCCCGUCUGGGAUAACGCCACGGUCAAACACCAACUGAUACACACCAGCACCGCCAUAGUCCGCAACAUUCUGUUGGUGGACAACAUUGUCACAACAGGAACGACAAAGUCUCCAAAGAGUCAUAUAUAGGAGCAACACAAGGCGCUGGAGUAACUCAGCGGCUCAGGCAGCAUCUCUGGAGAACAUGGAUAGGUAAUGUUUCAGGAUGGAAACCUUCAGCCCAACACCAUCCAAGCUGAUCUCAUUUGCCUGCGUUUGGCAAUAUCUCUCUAAGCCAUGUUUGCUAUCCAUGUACCUGUCCAAAUGUUUCAUUAACUGUAAUUGCACCCGCCCUAUGUUCCAUAUAUGCACCGAGUAAAAGGGUUCUCUAUUAAAUCAGGUUUAUUUUCAUUCUUUCCCCUCUCACCUGCAACAUACGCCAUGUAGUUGCACACUCG